AUGUUAGAAUUUCGGUGCUCAAAUGAAGCUGUAAAAUGACAUAGUAGUCAGUGAACCCCAGCCAGAAUAAAAAAUAGGAUUGAAUUUUCGUUUCUGAGAAACUGAAAACAAAUAACUAGACCUCAAAGCGGUACCAAUAUUCAUUGGAGGCCAAAUGAGAUUUUUUUAAUCAUUUGAAAGGUGCCGUUUAUUUCUUCCUCCCAUCAUAGCUCUUUCAUUCUAUCCAUUUCAGUAAUUUAUACUCAAUUUAUUAUAAAUUUAACUACAGCUUUUCAUAGCGAUACUUCUUUUCGUAUCCUAUAUUUUAUAAUAUCAAAACUUUUUUAA